CGUCGUCAAUGGCAAGCGGUGUUGUGGCGGAAAAGCGCAUAGUGACUAGCUACAGUAACUUCCAAUCGCACCAUGGUUUCGACGUCGAUUCCUUGCCUGUGGAUUACAUUUUGCCUUCAUUUAUGUUAUUACGUGAACACUGGAAUAGCACAAAAUACGAAAGAAGUGAUCCUGUUGGAUUCAAAAGCGCAGCAGACAGAGUUAGAGUGGAUUUCCUCUCCUCCUAGCGGGUGGGAAGAGAUCAGCGGGCUGGAUGAAAACUACACCCCCAUCCGCACCUACCAGGUGUGCCAGGUGAUGGAGCCCAAUCAGAACAACUGGCUCCGGACUAACUGGAUAGAGAAGGGCGAUGCGCAGAGGAUUUUUGUGGAACUGAAGUUCACCUUGAGGGAUUGUAACAGUCUGCCGGGUGUGGUGGGGACGUGUAAGGAGACGUUCAACCUGUAUUACCAGGAAACGGAGUCCGAGGUUGGCAGGAAUAUACGGGAGAGCCAGUACGUGAAAAUUGACACUAUCGCUGCCGACGAGAGCUUCACCCAGGGGGACCUGGGGGAGAGGAAGAUGAAGCUGAACACCGAAGUGCGCAUAAUCGGGCCCCUCUCCAGACGCGGGUUCUACCUGGCCUUCCAGGACGUGGGGGCCUGCAUCGCGCUGGUGUCCGUCAAAGUGUAUUAUAAGAAAUGCUGGUCGAUUAUUGAGAAUUUGGCCACUUUUCCCGACACGGUAACCGGGUCGGAGUUCUCUUCCCUGGUCGAGGUGGAGGGGACGUGCGUGAGUGACGCGGAGGAGGAGACUGACAACUCUCCCAAGAUGCACUGCAGCGCUGAGGGGGAAUGGCUGGUGCCCAUUGGGAAAUGUAUCUGCAAAGCUGGAUUUCACCAGAAGGGUGAUGCGUGUGAACCCUGCGGCCGUGGAUUCUACAAGUCUUCCUCGCAGGACCUGCAGUGCUCGCGGUGUCCGGCGCACAGCUACAACGACAGAGAGGGCUCCUGGCGCUGCGACUGUGAAGAUGGCUACUACCGGGCCCCCACCGACUCACCCGCCGUGGCCUGCACAAGACCCCCCUCUGCGCCGCAGAACCUGGUCUACAACAUCAACCAGACGACGGUGAGCCUGGAAUGGAGCCCGCCGGCGGACACAGGCGGCCGCAGUGACGUGACCUACAGGAUUAUGUGCCGGCGGUGCAGCUGGGAGCCCGAGGAGUGCGUGCCCUGCGGGGGGAACGUGGGCUACUCCCCCCAGCAGUCUGGAUUAGUGGACACCUACGUCACCGUCAUGGACCUGCUGGCGCACGCCAACUACACCUUCGAGGUGGAGGCCGUCAACGGUGUCUCGGACCUCAGCCGCACGCAGCGGCUGUUCGCCGCCGUCAACAUCGCCACCGGACAAGCAGCUCCCUCUCAGGUCAGCGAAGUCAUCAAGGAGAGGGUGCAGCAAAGGAGUGUCCAGCUCUCCUGGCAGGAGCCAGAGCAGCCCAACGGCGUCAUCACCGAAUACGAAAUCAAGUACUACGAAAAAGACCAGAAGGACCGUAUUUAUUCAACUGUGAAAUCCAAGUCAACCUCGGCCACGGUGAACAACCUGAAGCCCAGCACAGCGUACGUGUUCCAGAUCCGGGCCUUCACUGCGGCAGGGUACGGCACCUACGGACCCAGGCUGGAGGUCACCACCAAGGAGGAGGCUUCAGCCACGGUCGUCUCGAGCGAGCAGAACCCGGUCAUCAUUAUCGCCGUGGUGGCCGUGGCGGGUACCAUCAUCCUCGUCUUCAUGGUGUUCGGCUUCAUCAUUGGGAGAAGGCACUGUGGGUACAGCAAAGCGGACCAAGAAGGGGACGAGGAGCUCUACUUCCAAUUUAAAUUUCCAGGCACGAAAACGUACAUCGACCCCGAAACGUACGAAGACCCGAACAGGGCCGUCCACCAGUUUGCCAAAGAGCUGGACGCCUCCUGCAUCAAGAUCGAGCGGGUCAUCGGUGCAGGGGAGUUUGGGGAAGUAUGCAGCGGACGCUUGAAGCUUCCAGGGAAAAGAGACGUGUCUGUCGCCAUCAAAACCCUAAAAAAUGGCUACACGGAGAAGCAGAGGCGGGACUUCCUGUGUGAGGCGAGCAUUAUGGGACAGUUCGACCAUCCUAACGUGGUCCAUCUGGAAGGCGUGGUGACUCGAGGAAAGCCUGUCAUGAUUGUGAUUGAAUAUAUGGAGAAUGGAUCGUUAGAUGCAUUCCUUAGGAAGCACGAUGGUCAGUUCACGGUUAUCCAGCUGGUGGGGAUGCUGCGGGGCAUCGCAGCAGGGAUGAGAUACCUCUCCGACAUGGGAUACGUCCAUCGAGAUCUGGCAGCGAGAAACAUUCUUGUCAACAGCAAUCUCGUAUGUAAAGUGUCCGACUUCGGGCUGUCAAGAGUGAUAGAGGAUGAUCCCGAGGCUGUCUACACAACGACGGGUGGAAAAAUACCGGUCCGGUGGACUGCGACAGAAGCCAUCCAGUAUCGCAAGUUCACCUCCGCCAGCGACGUGUGGAGUUAUGGGAUUGUCAUGUGGGAGGUCAUGUCCUAUGGGGAGAGGCCGUACUGGGACAUGUCCAAUCAGGAUGUAAUAAAGGCGAUUGAAGAGGGCUACCGCCUCCCUGCUCCUAUGGACUGCCCACCGGGUCUGCACCAGCUAAUGCUGGACUGCUGGCAAAAGGACCGGGGUGACCGGCCCAAGUUCGACCAGAUAGUCGGCAUCCUCGAUAAAAUGAUCCGCAACCCGAACACUUUGAAAACCCCAGUGGGAACAUGUACAAGACCGAUUAGCCCCCUUUUAGAUCAGAACACGCCAGACUUCACCGCUUUCCGCUCGGUGGGGGACUGGUUGGAAGCCAUCAAAAUGGAGAGGUACAAAGACAACUUCACAGCGGCGGGGUACAGCUCGCUGGAGUCUGUGGCGAGGAUGACGAUCGAGGAUGUGAUGAGCUUGGGAAUCACUUUAGUGGGCCAUCAGAAAAAGAUCAUGAGCAGCAUACAGACUAUGAGGGCCCAGAUGCUUCACCUUCACGGCACAGGUGUGCAGGUGUGACGGAAAACACCGCCCCCUGCAGGGAGGGCAAAGACUGACCCCAGAAACAGUACCGCCGCAGUGGCUGCUGUGGAUAAUUAUUGGAAAAAAAAAAUGUGUCGUUUCCUGUGUCUGACUUUUUUGGAUUUACGGAAUAAGAAUCAUUCCCUUGUUCUUCGGCGCCGUUGACGAGAAGGAUCCGAACCUUCUGUGGUCACUGAAGAAGAGAGAGAAACUACCUGGACGUACAGAAUUUUUCAAAACUCUGAGGGACUUUGAAUCACAUAUCAAAAAAAAAAAAGAGGUGGCGCAUUUGAAAAAGAAUUUUAGGGUUUCACUUGGUUCCUUUUAACUUUGUACAUUUUUUUGGCCACCAUCAGUAUGGAUCUCACAAGAAAAAGUCCAUACAAGGACGCUGGUACGCGUGCAGUGGUGAUUUCAAUACUAUUUUCAUCAUAGUUUUGUUAAUUUUGUGUCAGCCACAAUGAUAUGGUGUGGUGUGAAACCAUAACCAGUGUUCUUUUCUUUAUUUCUUUCCUGUUUCUUUCUUUCUUUCUUUCUGAACUUGACAGGGUAAAGCCUCUCAUUCACAAUGGAGACUAAAUAUGUUUGAAAAUAUUGGUGGGUGUUUCGAUAAGACCAGGUUGUGAAGCAGCAUUCAGUUUUGUUUCACUUGUUUGUAGUGUUUUUUCCCCAGUAUUUGGUUUAAAGUUGAGACUAAUAUCUUGCUAUUUCAGAAACAAUAACCACUGGGAUGUCUGACGCUUACACAGGGAUGUUCUGUCUUAUACUUAUUUGAAAAUGUAGUGGUCUUAUUUGAAAAUAUUUAGUGAUA